AUGUUUACAUUGUUAUAUGAGUUCGACGGCGACAUGAUCGACCGGACAAGCUCCUCCUCGCCAUGGGUGUCUCCGACCUCGAGGCUACUCCCUGUACCUGCGGCCGUCAGGCCGGUGGGCCGCAGCAGGGCUCCGUAUCUGAAGGCGACCUGCGCACUCUCCAGGCGGAGGGCGGUCUCAGACAUGGCGGUUGUCGGUGCCAUGGCCCUCUCCACGCCCACGUCAGCACGAGCAGAGCAGCCUGACAUCACCAGGUACCGAAAGCUGGGGAGUGGAGUCAUACUCAAAGAUGUCGUCGAGGGGGAGGCGGCCGAGGUGCGGGAGGGCGACCUGGUGCAGUUCAACUACGUGUGCCGCCGCGCGAACGACUACUUCGUGCACAGCACGGUGGACCAGUUCAACGGCGAGAGCAGGCCGGUGACGCUCGCGCUCGGCGGUGAAGAGGACCACAUCACCCUCAAGGACUACGAGAUCCACCACGGCAUGGGCCUCGAGCUCUACUACAACUGA